AUCAGAUUGAAAACUGUGCAGGGUGUUGUGACAAGAUACUGCAGCGAUUAUGGCAUGAUUGACGAUUUGAUCUACUUCUCCAACGAUGCUGUGACUAGCAAAGUGCUUCUGAAUGUUGGACAAGAAGUUAUUGCAGUUGUGGAAGAAAAUAAAGUGUCAAAUGGACUGAAAGCAAUCAGGGUGGAAGCUGUGUCUGAUAAAUGGGAAGAUGACAGCAAAAACCAGGAUCAAGGGCUGACAGACUCCAGCCCCCGUGCGCUGAUUGGCUGUGUGACUUCCUUGAUGGAAGGCGCUGGCUACAUCAAUCAGACCACAUACUUCUCUCUGGAGAGUGUGUGUGAAGGUUUUCAGCCAUGCAAAGGAGACUGGGUGGAGGCUCAAUACUGGAUACGCCCAGGAACGUGGAGCAGCGAGGCUGUCUCAGUGAAGCCACUGAGGUACAAGCGCGUUGACAAGGUCUCCAUCUCCAGCCUGUGUGGGAGGAAUGGGGUGAUAGAGGACAGCAUCUUCUUCAGCCUGGACUCCCUGAAGUUGCCUGAGGGGUACACGCCGCGGAGACAUGACAUUGUCAGCGCUGUGGUGGUGGAGAGCAGCCAGUCCUGCUAUGUCUGGAGAGCACUUUGCAUGACUCCUGUGAAAAGAGACUCCAACACUGUUGAUGAGGUUCCUGAGGAGGUCUAUGGAGCCCUCUUACUGAAAAACAAAGGUGAUAUUGAAGUUACAAGGAUGACAAAUUUCGGAACACUGAAGGAAGGAAGAAGUAAAACUAUAGUGAUCUGGAUAGAGAAUAAAGGAGAUGUUUCUCAAGACCUUAUCAGCUGUAAACUGGCUGGCUGGGAUAGAGCUCAACAAUUCAGAUUUCGGGCACUGGACAAAAGUCAAGCCUGCUCAGAAACAUCUUUUGCUUCAGUUCUUGAGAAGAAGCAUUUUCCAGACAAAAAUGUUAAUUCAUUAGAAAGCAAUAGGAAAAACAAGCCUGAGGAACGUAUGGACAGCAACUGGGUGAACAAAUCAUCAGUCUCUCCAGACGAUUGUGCCUGUGAAGUAAAAAGUGAAGAAAAAGAAAACACUUGGGUAAAGAAGCAGAAGCCACAGCCCGGAGGGCUUAUCCUGCCAGGGGAGAAGACCUCCAUUAUGGUCACAUGUGAUGCCAAAAGCCCUGGCCGAUGCAAGGAACUCCUUCUGCUCUGUUUUUCCCAUUUUCUCAUCGGGCGAUACCUUGAAGUGAACGUUGUGAGUGGGGAGGAGGCACUUAUAGCUGUGCGUGAACCAUUUUCAUGGAAAAAGCCCAAAACUCCCCAGACAUUGCCAUCUACAAAAACUACAGUUGUUGUGACAACCCAGAAAAGGAACUCAAGACGACAACUUCCAAGUUUCCUUCCACAAUAUCCAAUACCAGAUAGAUUGAAAAAAUGUGUGGAACAGAAAAUUGACAUCCUGACUUUUCAACCAUUACUUGCAGAGCUUUUGAAUAUGUCAAACUACAAGGAAAAGUUCUCUACUCUGCUGUGGCUAGAGGAGAUCCAUGCAGAAAUAGAACUGAAGGAGUACAACAUGAGUGGAGUUAUCCUGAAGAGGAAUGGGGAUCUGCUGAUACUAGAGGUCCCGGGGCUGGCUGAGAGCAGACCUUCCCUCUACGCAGGUGACAAACUGAUUUUAAAAUCUCAAGAGUACAAUGGACAUGUCAUUGAGUACAUCGGCUAUGUCAUUGAGAUUCAUGAAGAAGAUGUUACUCUUAAACUUAAUCCAAAAUUUGAACAAACAUACAACUUUGAACCUAUGGAUGUGGAGUUUACAUACAAUAGGACCACAAGCAGACGGUGUCACUUUGCACUUGAACAAGUCAUCCACUUAGGUGUAAAAGUGUUAUUUCCAGAAGAAAUUAUUUUACAGUCUCCUCAAGUGACAGGGAAUUGGAGCUAUACACAAGAAGCCAAAGGUGAUGGACAGUCCUCCCCCAAGGACAAGAAACCCAUGAAGGACCAAACAAAACCAACUGUGGAUGCCAUAGAUCUACCGGGAAUGGUGGCUUCUGCUACAGAGACUGUUGAGUUGGUAGAUGAAAUUCAGAUCCCUAAAGCAAGAGAUAAAGAGUUCUUCAACCCUGUGCUAAAUGAAAAUCAAAAGCUAGCAGUUAGAAGAAUUCUGAGUGGUGACUGUCGUCCAAUCCCAUAUAUUCUUUUUGGACCUCCUGGAACUGGAAAGACUGUGACAAUAAUUGAGGCUGUUUUACAGGUACAUUAUGCUCUGCCAGACAGCCGGAUUUUGGUCUGUGCCCCCUCUAACAGUGCUGCUGACCUUGUGUGUUUGCGGCUGCAUGAGAGCAAGGUGCUGAAGCCAGCUGCCAUGGUCCGGGUGAAUGCCACCUGCAGGUUCGAGGAGACCAUCAUCGAGGCUAUCAAACCAUACUGCAGAGAUGGGGAAGAUAUCUGGAGAGCCUCUCGGUUCAGAAUAAUAAUCACCACGUGCAGCAGCGCAGGGCUUUUUUACCAGAUAGGGGUGAGAGUUGGACACUUCACACACGUUUUUGUGGAUGAAGCUGGGCAAGCAAGUGAGCCAGAGUGCCUUAUCCCUCUGGGUCUGGUUUCAGAAGUGAGUGGCCAGAUUGUGCUUGCUGGAGACCCCAUGCAGCUUGGGCCAGUCAUCAAGUCCAGGCUAGCCAUGGCCUACGGGCUGAAUGUGUCCAUGUUGGAGAGGCUAAUGGCACGGCCAGCAUACCUGAGAGAUGAAAAUGCCUUUGGUGCCUGCGGUGCAUACAACCCGCUAUUGGUCACAAAGCUGGUGAAGAACUACAGGUCCCACUCAGCCCUGCUGGCACUACCUUCCCGCCUGUUCUAUCACAGGGAGCUUGAAGUCUGUGCAGACCCCAAAGUAGUGACCUCUCUGUUGGGCUGGGAGAAGCUGCCUAAGAAAGGGUUUCCUCUCAUAUUCCAUGGGGUGAGGGGCAACGAGGCUCGUGAGGGGAGGAGUCCAUCGUGGUUCAGCCCAGCCGAGGCCGUCCAGGUCAUGCGCUACUGCUGCCUCCUGGUUCGAAGUGUCUCCAGCCAAGUUUCUACCAGGGACAUCGGUGUCAUCACGCCCUACCGGAAGCAGGUGGAGAAAAUCAAAAUUCUUCUGCGAAGUGUUGAUUUGAUGGACAUAAAGGUUGGAUCCGUUGAGGAGUUUCAAGGGCAAGAAUACUUAGUCAUCGUCAUUUCCACUGUACGAUCAAAUGAAGACAGAUUUGAAGAUGAUCGAUACUUUUUGGGUUUCUUAUCUAACUCAAAAAGAUUUAAUGUUGCAAUCACUAGACCAAAAGCCUUGCUGAUUGUCUUGGGAAACCCUCACGUGCUUGUCAGGGACCCUUGUUUUGGUGCUUUGCUGGAGUAUAGUGUUACAAAUGGCGUUUACACAGGGUGUGAUCUUCCUCCUGAACUACAGGCUCUGCAUAAGUAAGCAAUCC